GCUUAAGCCUUUUGAUUUUGAGUUAUCUUCAGCAGGGCCAGGUACGGUAGAUGAACAGAUAUUGGUGGGAGAAGAUAAGCUGUUUGGUGUCGUUCAUCGGAACAGAUCAUAAAGACAUGUAAAAACUGGACUGGAUGUAUCUUUGUCCUGAUCCGUCAGCCUGUCUCUGCGCUAAACACCUCCCUCUGUGUGUGUGUGUGUGUGUGUGUGUGUGUGUGUAACGUCUGAGUUAAUAGGCUCCACCGCUGGCUCCUAUAAACAUGUUGUUGACGCCACAGACAGUCAGAGAUACCUGGUCUGCCUGCACCGUCCCCUCUGGCGCGCUCCAGGAGAACAGCAUGUUUGCAGAUAGGCGACGACUGCUGCUGUUGCGAGCCGUGCUGAGCAUCUGUGCCUUUAAAGACUUGUAAGUGCGCCUCUAUCAGAGCACACAGUCAACUUCCCACAACUCCGACGCGCUCGGCGAGUAGAGUAGAGCUACCUUAACCCUAAAGGCACUGGCUCACCUCCACAGCUAGACCCAUGGAAUAAUAACUAUGGAAUACCACUGGAUACUGCUGUCUGUCUUUUUACAGUUAACCUUCCAUCCAGGCAACACCAAGCCAGCUAUCACCCCCACUGGCCCCCACAUUGUUGUCUCACUCAACACGCCGUUCGAACUGCGUUGCCAGGGUGAGAAGGCGAUGCAGUGGCAGCGGGAGGACCGGCUGAAGGUGCGGGGGGAGAAAAAGGUCGAUGGGAUGUCCACAUUGCACAUCCCCAGGGCUCAGCCUGUUCACAUGGGCCGCUACAUCUGCCUGGAAGAGAGCUCCAAGGAGAAAGCAUCCAUUUACAUCUAUGUGAAAGAUCCUGACAAUCCUUUCAGAAAAUCAAUGGUUCUUAACAUUCUUGCUCGUGAGGGAGACAAUGCUUCCAUCCCCUGCCUGGCAACUGAUCCAAGUCUGGACAACCUGCGCCUAGAAACGUGUUCCAGUAGAGCUCUGGCCUCUGAUCUCCAAUUUUCUGGAAGCCUGGAGCAAGGCAUCAUCAUCCACAACACACAAAAGGCCUACGAAGGUUGUUAUGUGUGCACAGGAAGACUCAGGGAAGAGAACGUCAGAUCACAUGACUACUACCUGACAGUAAGACCAGUCCCUGUUGCUCCUCCGGUGAUUGAGAUGCAGGUACCGAAAAGAUUGAUUCUUAUCAAGAAUGAAAGUCUCUCCCUUACCUGCAACACCACUAACGUCAAUGGAGACAUCCAGCUAAAGUGGAUCACCCCGCCUGGCUCGGGUGCCGUCUGGUAUCCACAGCAACAAGCAAAGGUUGACAGUGCAUCGCGUAUCCUGACGGAGCACUUCACCCACGCGCGAAGCGCCACGUUGCACAUCGCGCCGGUCAAACCUCAAGAUGCUGGGAGGUACCAAUGUGAAGCUAAGAAUGAAAAAGGGGUCACCUCGCAAUCAGUGUUGCUCGAUGUUUAUGAAAAAGGAUUCAUCAACUUAACACGUGCAAACAGCAAAACCAUCCAGGUCCGUUCAGGCGAGAGUUUGCCCCUAAAUGUUGACAUGGUGGCUUAUCCAAAGCCGCACACCUUCUCCUGGAGCUUCAUGGGACAGGAGCUGAGGAACACAACCGACCACGUCAUCACCACACACAACCAUGAAUACAGGUACAGCAGUGAGCUGAGGCUGGUGCGGUUGAAAAUGUCAGAGAGUGGAGUUUACACCUUUCAGGCCUCCAAUGGUGAUGCAUCAGUAAACCACACAUUCACCAUCUUUGUGAUCAGUAAACCUGAGAUUGUAUCUCAUGAGGGCCCAGUGGAUGGACAGGUCCGCUGUGUGGCGGAGGGGUUCCCUGCCCCUCGGAUCACCUGGUACUACUGUGAGCAGCCCUAUGCUAGGUGCUCCCAACAAGUGAAUGCCACCCAGGAGGAGCACAAUGUCAUCACCGUCACACUGUUCAGCCCCAUGUUUGGGAAGACGGAGGUGGAGAGUCGGGUAAACAUCAGCAGGGGACGAUUCAGUACUCUGGAAUGUGUGGCUACGGUGGAGGGAGAGCAGGCCUACACACUCUUCUCUAUCAGUGAGAGAACUGUUCCCCAUGAUCUGUUCACCCCUCUGCUGAUUGGCUCUGUGUCAGCAGCAGGCAUCCUCUGUCUAGUCCUUAUCAUGCUCUUCUACAAGUACAUGCAGAAACCUAAAUACCAGAUCCAGUGGAAAGUUAUUGAGGGGAUCCAUGGAAACAACUAUGUUUAUAUUGACCCCACCCAGCUACCAUAUGAUCACCAAUGGGAGUUUCCUCGGAACAACUUGCGUUUUGGGAAGACGCUGGGGUCUGGUGCAUUUGGAAAAGUGGUGGAAGCCACUGCAUAUGGACUCUCCAAAGCAGAUUCAGUCAUGACUGUGGCUGUGAAAAUGCUCAAAACGAGCGCUCACUCCACAGAGAAAGAGGCACUGAUGUCGGAGCUGAAAGUCCUCAGUUACUUGGGAAACCACAUGAAUAUUGUCAACCUGCUGGGAGCCUGCACUGUUGGAGGCCCCACACUGGUGAUCACAGAGUACUGCUGCUUUGGAGACCUCCUUAACUUUCUACGCAGAAAAAGGGAAUCCUUCAUCUGCUUUAAGCUCGAGGAAGACUGUUACUACCGCAACGUCAUGCCGCAAAGAGACGCAGCUGGUGACAGCUUGAACGGCUACAUGACCAUGAGGCCUUCUGCUGCUGGCAACUUGCCGUUCGGCUCAUCAUCUGAGAAGAGGCGCUCACUACGCAAAGGUGGCUCCUACGUUGAGGCAGAUGCAGAAAGUGAGAUGUUUGAUGAGGAUGGUCUGUCUCUAGACACCGAAGACCUUCUCAGUUUCUCUUACCAAGUGGCCAAAGGCAUGGAGUUCUUAGCCUCCAAAAAUUGUAUCCACAGAGACCUGGCUGCCAGAAAUAUCCUACUGACUCAAGGAAGAGUAGCAAAGAUCUGUGAUUUCGGCCUGGCCCGAGACAUCACCACGGACUCCAACUACGUAGUCAAAGGCAACGCUCGUCUGCCAGUGAAAUGGAUGUCUCCAGAAAGUAUCUUUGAGUGUGUGUACACGUUUGAGAGUGACGUGUGGUCCUAUGGCAUUUUGCUUUGGGAAAUCUUCUCACUAGGAAACAGUCCUUAUCCUGGUAUGCCUGUGGACGCCAAGUUCUACAAACUAAUUAAAGAAGGAUACAGAAUGGAUGCUCCAGAGUUUGCACCCAGUGAAAUGUAUCAGAUUAUGAGGUCCUGCUGGGAUCCAGACCCCUUCAACAGACCCCCCUUCAGGAAGGUCGUGGAAAGAAUUGAACAACAGCUGUCUGAUGCCACUAAGCAUAUUUAUUUGAACUUCAGCUCCAAGCUUCCUAUGACACCCAGAGCCAGGGAGGAGCCCAGUUCUCAGAGUGCAGCUAUUCAUUGUCUCAACUCAGCCGACAGUAACAGCCCUCCAACCCAGCCCUUACUGGUCCAGCAUGAAGUCUUCCUGGAGGGGACAACCCUCAGAGCCCAACGGGUGUAAGGACCCACCCAACCUGUCUGGCUUCCUCAUAAAGUGCCUGUUAUGUUCCGCCACAAACCACCCAACCACUACACCCGGCCACCGCCCCGGUACAUUUGUUGUCACAAAAUGGUAAUUGUCAUCUAUUACCAGAAGGAUCAGCAAAGGAUGAAUGACUUUGAUAACUGUUAUCUCUAUUAUUGCCUACUGACUACAGGGAGGACAGUUGGACUAAUGCUCCCCUGCUCAUAGCAAAGAACUGUGCAGUCACUGGGGAGGGUGGAGGGACAUCAACUCUAAAACUGUCAUUAAGUUCAUUAUUACACUGUUAUCUGUUGUGUUAUUUUUCAUUUUUUUCAGUUAUAUUUUUCCUACACAUUUCAUAAAGAUUGUUUUUGGGUUUUUUUAGCACUCCAUAUAUCACUGUUUCCUUUUAUCAUUGGAGAUUUUCUUUUUCUUUUUACAUUUUGUGUUUUGUUAUUCUUGUUUUUCUGAUAUUUAUGUAGCAUUUUUAUGUUUGUUGGCUGUUGCAAUUGUUGGAGGAAAAAAAAGCACUCGAGGCACUUGAACUUCACAUCAUUACACACACCACGUAAUGUAGCUUUUGUUUCUUUUUUUGUUACUUUUUCAUUGUCAGUAUUAUUUCAAACUGUUCAGAUCUGUGUUUAUGAAGGAGAUAUUUUUUGGGGGCCAAUUUAAAUUGAGAUAUCGAGACACUGGUAUAUAAGCUAUUAGACAGCAUGGUCGGUCAUGCUUAGAGUCCAUAAGUGCUUCAAGUCAAUUAGGAGAUACAUUUCAGUUCUUUUUCUGUUGGAUGUCACUACUAGAGAGCAACUGUCUUUACUGGAUCUGUUAACAUGGAUCAAACAACAAUUACUUUACACACACAGUUGUCUUCAGAGAUAUGGUAUAGUCAUGGUACGCUAGCUUUUCAUUUAUGUGCUUGUUAACUGUAUAUGUGUACAUAUCUGUAGGUAAUGAUAUUAGUCAUUGCUACACAGUGAGAUGGGAAACGUCAGAGUAAGACAUUUGACCUGUAACUCUUAGCGUUGGUCGUAGCGUUGUUACAGUAGCAUGUAAUGCAAGUGUAUAGUUUCACUUUUUGACAGCUAAACUGCUGGAGAGUUCUCUUUUAACGGUGUAAAUAACUGUUCAGGUUUAUAUCAUUGCUCUCCUGCCACACCCAGUGUAUGAUCUUCGUUUACAAGCAUGAGACUGGUACUGCCAUUUCCGAGAUGUGUUUUCUCUGCUUUUCACCUUCUUCCCCUUUACGAAGGACCAGGAAACGGGAAUCUUUCUGUUUUGGCUGACAGGCGGUUGGUGUGUUUUUGCCCAUGAUACCACUGUAGUUCUCUAUUGUACAGUAUGUACCAUUAAUAGAGUCAGGGUGAUGCUCAUGUGAAAUGCCAUUAAGUGGACUGCAGUAUUCCCUGAGGUGACAAAAUGGAGGAAAACGGUGGGUCUUCAAGGCUCUCUGUGCAGAUGUGGACACUGGAUACAGAGCUCAGUCUCGGUGUGUCAUCUCAUUGUUCUCAGACCAGUAGCUGAUUUCCUAGCAGUCCUUCUCUUCUUUGUAUCCAGCUGUUUCCUCCAUCAGAAGUGGGACUUUCAGCACCUCUCAGCCAGUAGUCUGUAUCAGUCCAGACCAUUAUGAUUCCCCUCUUCCCACUGGUGGAUGUUGUUGUGAAAAGCACCAGGAAAGUGUCCUGUUUGUGUGUGUGUGUGUGUGUGUGUGUGUGUGUGUGUGUGUGUGUGUGUGUGUAUUGUGUGUUUGUGCGCGCAUGCACGUCUGCUUGUCUUUGUGUGCAUGUGUGUAUGAUUGCAGAAUUAAAAGAAUUACUGUCAAGAGGUGCCACUACUAAAGAUUCAUCAAGUCGUUUAGGCUACUAAAACCCCACAGUCUUACUGCUCUGUCUUUUUGUAAAUAUAAAUGUGCAUAUAUUGUAAAGUAAUGUUUAUGCUUUUGAAGAUAUUUAUCUUAAUGAAGAUGUGGUACAUUGAUGCAGAAUUUUAUUAUGCUGUAUUUUCUUACGUGCGCACAGAUUUCUAGAUUCGACAGGAAAAGCUGCUUCUGCUCUGUCACCAUGGUAACUUAAACGAAAAAACUAAUGUUUUAAUUUUGGCUAAUUCAUAAUUUCUACCAGAUAUGCCAGUUCAUUUGGUAACUGCCUCAGCAAAACAGGCUGAACUGCUCCUAAUGUUCAUAUAGGAUCAUCAAUAUUCAUGGCAAUAUCAAUACAAAUUAUGUUACUGGAUUUUACAACCAGGAAGGAGAUGUUUCAGAAGAAUAGAGAUUAUUUUUAAUUUCAUUGCUCCCUUACAUCAAAGAGUUUUUCCUGCAUUUUACUAAAUAUUUAUUAAAUCCGAGGCUUUAGUGUUACUGUGUAAAUUUGAUGUGUUGCUAAUACAUGUGUCAAUGUAAAUAAAUUUGUGUAUAUUGAAUUCCCAAUGAAA